GUGGUAGCGAAGAAAUACAGAGCGCCCAAUCACAGUAAACGCAGCUGCCCACGUGACACUUUAUAAACAGAACCGAAAACAAGCAAGAUGUCAGCGAACAGUUGCGUGACAGCUAUCCGGCUUGAUUCCCUCAAGCAAGCUGACAAACCACAGAUCCACUUGUUACCUUGUGAAAUAGAGCAUAAUGGACCUGCUGAAGUUUUCAAGUUCUUUAAUCCCACUGUGAAGGAACGCAAACACGAAACGACAGUGUCAUUCAGAGGUCGGGGGCUGAAGGGUCAGGAAUUGCAUUGCCCACAAGGAUACACAGGACUAGUGCUAAAAGAGGUCCAGAAGCCUGCAUUUGAUCAAGAGGACAGAGUAGUGAAAGUUUCUUCAGUGUUCCAUCAUUUCACAUACUGGAAUUUGGAGACUCCUCCCACAUCUGAUGAUGGAGUUGUGAUGGCGAUGGCAUGGCCUGAGCUAGCAGAGGCAAUGCAUGGACCAGUGGACGACUGAUAAUGGACAUUGUUUUAUUGUGGAGUACAUUGUUACAGUUAAACAAAUGUGAAAAUGAAUCUUUGUUGGAAGACAGAAUAAGUAACUUACUGUGUUGUGGUAUUAACCACCAUUUUACCAAACAUAUGUUGAAGAAUAUCACAGUGCAACAUUACUAACUAUUAAAAGUCUUGUUUUAUUGUU